UGAUGACAUCCGAGAGCGCCGUCACCGCCGCUGUCGCCGACGCCAUGAACAGCGUAGGGGAGGGUUGCACCGACAUGAAGCGCGAGUAUGACCAGUGCUUCAAUCGUUGGUUUGCCGAGAAGUUCCUCAAGGGGGAGGGCUCCGGUGACCCGUGCACUGACCUCUUCAAACGCUACCAGCAAUGUGUUCAGAAAGCAAUAAAGGAGAAGGAAAUUCCCAUUGAAGGACUGGAGUUCAUGGGCCAUGGCAAAGAAAAGCCUGAAAGCUCUUCUUGACCUUGACAGUCACCUUGAAAAUGGACUCCUCAAAUCGGGAAAUUGAAGACCCUGGAUUGUGUCAAUUAAAGUGAUGAAGAUAGCGGAUCUAUUUGAUGAGUUUAGGAGGGAGGAGUUUCCUUCCUGAUAUUUUUCUUUCACUUGUAAAAGAUGAUGAGCCAUCACUCUUUGCUUAGAUUUCUGGCUUUGGCAUCUCACCAGGAACUCGUGUGCUAAAUGAUGGGAUUAUUUGGGAUUAUGGUCGCAAUACCUGUCUGGGAUCAGUUUUAAAUAUAUCUCUUAUGUAAAUGUAGUUAAGAUUGUCGAGAUGAUCAUGGUUGCCUGACCUCUUGAGUUAUGCUGCAAAGAACUUUAUAUAUGUACACUGUGCUGGGGUAAUUUUUCAUGGAAGCAACUUGUUAUAAUCUCCUUUCUCUCAGGGAGCUGAUGCUCUGGAAAGGGUUCCCAGCAGUUUUAUUUUUGGUAUAAUAAUUUAACUGAAGAUUGCUGGUGGGCUGGGUUAUCAAAGAAGAAGCCAGCUUUUAACAGUCCCCUGCCUUAAUAAGAGGUGUCAGAUCUCCUAUUAAGAUGUGAAAGCUUAAAGAAUGCUGCUGUGAACACCAUUUCAGAGCCCAUGGUAUGGUUCAGGAAUUAAGAUCCUUGGAGAAGCUAUGGAGGGAGAUCCUAAAUCACAAAGCUUUGCUGUUGACAGCUUUCAACUUAAAUCUGUAAAUCUGUGUAUUAAGUCAACCUGUGUAUCAAAAAUGCCAAAAUGCUGCAUCUGGUUAAGUGGAAGAAGAAAAGUUUGCUUUAUCUGCCUUGUUUACUCACCCUGCCCUGUAAUGCCUGUAAUCAUGAAGAUGGAAUAAAUUGUAAUAUUCGUUUCUACCAUCA